AGCUCGCAUGAAGCACGUCAAAACUCGCAAACAGAACCGUCCUUGAAUUGCAGCAGAAAGGAGUCAAACAUGCAGCCACUUCACCCCUUACUGCCCUCUCCCCCUCUCCCUCUCCCUCUCAGUCAGUCGAUGCCCAGCGACACAAACAGUCCGCUCCUGGACAGACGCCCCAGCUGCCCCCACUCGAACUGGCAGUCCUGGUCGCCCAGGUGCUCAUUGAAGCCCUUCACCACCCCCACCAGACCAUGCUGCGCCGCCUCGUCCAGCCAGGCCCGAUGGAUAACCUCACGGACACCCGUCAGCACCACACGGCCGCCACUGUCGCGCACGGCGAAGCACUGCAGCGGAGGCACGGUCACCUUGACGCGCUUGUCGCCCUGCUGCUGGUAUCUCGUCCCGCCCACCACCUCCCCGUUGCUGCUCGUGUGAGUGGCCGCCGACUUGACGAAGUGGGCGACGGCCGCCUUGACGCGCCGCCUCAGCAGCGAGUCACCGAUCAGGUACUCGUCGAUGGCCGCCGGAGCCGCCGAAGGCUCGUGCAGGAAGGCGCCGAUCUUCCAUGCGAUGGCCUCUGCCUCGUGUGGUCCGAAUGCCAUGUUGGAGGGGGAGGGGUGGGGGUGGGCGCCGUCGUGGUGGGGGGCCAGGGGCAGCAGACGGGCCAGAAGCAUCGAGUGGUCGCGCUGAGGGGCGAGGGCGGCGUUGAUGGCCGACAUGGUCACAUCGGACAGCUCAUUCAGCACUGUGGUGUACUCGGACAGCACCAGCUGGCGCUGACGGUGGUACUCUUCGGUGUCGUUGGGCAUGCGGCUGAUCGAUGGCGCAGCCCCGGCCCGCAGCAGCGUCCGGAUGAUGGUCUUGUGGUGGCGGACGGACCUCUCGUACCGCUCCCUAUGCGCCUCUGUCUCCUGCUGCUGCUGCUGCUGCUGCUGUCGGAUGAAGCGAUCGAGCCCUGCGGCAGCGUUUGCGAGGGGUGUGAUGCCAGGAUGAAUCGCGCUCCCCAAAGCUCCCCAACUGGGGCUCCCUCUGUUGAUGUCCUCGGCUGUGAGCAGGCGGCACAGCCAAUCAGCCACAUAGGGGGAGCCACACCGUGCCGCCAUGUGCAGUGGUGUCCUGCCGUAGCGUGUUGCCGUCAUUUCGGCGCCGUGGCUGGUGAUGAGGUCCAGGUACUGGUCGAUGAACUGCUGGGAAAAGACAAGAUGGCUCAUGGCUGCCAAGUGGACCAGAUUGUCUUCACCGGACCGCUCCGUUGCGAGUGUCCCGUCGUGUUGGAUGAGGCGGCGAUAGAUGGACAUGAGGGCAUCCUCGUACUCACGAGUGAGGGAGAGGACAGCAUUGGCAACGUAGGGGACCCGCAUCACCGCAAAACCCCGCACGUUGGGGUUGCGUGGCAGGAGGGUCUCCACCGCAGUCAGAUUGCCCGCCACAACGGCCACCAUAAUGGGCCUUAUCGUCUCAUUAUAGUCUCUCUCCUCAUUAACGUCCGCCCCGCCGUCGAUGAGUGCAAUGAGGAUGUCAAGCUGCAGCUUACGGGAGGGCCACUGUGGAAGGACAACGGGCAGAAAAUGGACGCCCAACCCAUCAGAGCGUUCCGCAAGGACGCUUGGGCCGUUAGUCGGGCUGUCGAUGGCGAAAGCCAGGCAGCUGUAUCGCUGCCGAGACGGAGGUAAUGUGGUGCCGUGGACACGAAGGCCGCCGCAGGAUCUCGGGUCGGCUCCUUGGCGGAGCAGUUGUGUGACCUGGCUGGCCUCGCGGAAGGUGCGCCGAAUGCAGCCCUCCAACAGCUGCUGACUCAGAGGACUGACGCCCUCGUAAGGGAUGAUGUCGACGGCAUCCAGCGUCUUGCAGCCGGGCGGCACCGCCUCCGUGUGAGGUGCUUGCGGUGCGGCAGACGACGACUGAGCCAUCACGCCAAGCAACACCCUGCACACACAGACACAGAUCACAAAGUCACGCGUCAUCCCUCCGAUCCAACACAGUGUUGCUGACGCACCAGUCGAGAUGAUCACACUUCUUCCGUGCCGUCACACACGUGCCGCUAGCUGCGGAAGUCGAUGUCACGAGUCGGCGCGAUGUGAACGAACUGCCACGGCGGGGCGCACAUUUGGAUGCUGUCUUGUGUUGUCAAUUUGUGUGUUGUCUGUCUUGUGCCACGCAUCCUACCGGGAGGCAAGUGUAUUGAGACACCAGUGCUGCUUCGCCUCUGCUGAUCGAUGCCUUCACCCUCUUCGAUGAUGCUUGGGCAGCAGGUUCGGAUGCUG